UUAUGAAAAUGAAAACGUUUGUCCCCACAAGAAGAACGAGAGGCAAGGAGUAGUUGAAGAGGAUCAAGCUAAGAGCUUUAAGUUUCCAACGAAGCCACACGAUUUGCCACUCCAAUCCUCUUAAUCCAAAAUUAGAUACUUAUCUUUGUUUUAUAUCAAUUUAAUUUCUUUUUCGAUUGAACAAUGAAUGUUUGAGAUUUGUUAAUGACAAUGUUGCCUCUUUGCUCUGCAACUCCAACUUGUUCUUCUCAUUCUCAGACACCCUUUCAUGGAGGGGGAGGAUUAUUGCGUCCCUCUUUUGAGACCAGAUGUGAUUUGGAAUACCAUGUUUUUGGAUCAUCAAUGAAUAUUCAAAGGGAUUUCAUCAGAACCAAUGCUGCUAAUGCAAAAUCAGUCUCUUUGAAUUUGGUUAAUGAACAUUCUUGUUCAGAUGUGUCUGAACAUCUUAACUGCAAUUAUUCCCACAUGGGAAGUGGCUUCGAACUGAAGUACAUCCAAAACUCAGACCUUUCUCCCACAGAUAUUGGAAUUGUUGACUAUGCAGGCCUCUUAGAUGCAAAAGAGAAGGCUUUGGCAGCAUCAGUUGAACCCGAAGCUGUUUUACCUAUCGAUUUAGCCCCCGAACCUUUACUUUCCGGGCUUCCUUCUGCCUCAUUAGAUGUAAAAGGUUUUGAGGAAUUUGCUAAUGAGGUUAGUCAAACUUUCAGUGAUUCAAUAAACAAAGGUGAGAAUGCUCUGAAAAGCUCACUAGAGACUUUCAAUUCAUCAAUAUCAUCCAUCAUUCAAGGUGCUAAUGAUGCGGUUGAUAGCGCCUUUGGUAAAGCCUUUUCAUCUUUUGAUCAAACUGGAGAAUUAGCUGGUGAUAAACUCACCAACUUGUCAAGUGGCUUGAAGGAAACUACAGGCAGAGCAGCUGUUGUUGCUGUUGAUGUGUUGAGAAGUACAAUUGUUGCAGUGGAGAAUGCUUUAGCAAAUGGCACUUCGUUUGCUGUUUCUUCAUACCAGUCUGCCAAAGAAUCCUUUCCUCCUGAGGUUAGGGAUACACUCAACUUAUCUGAAGAGAGAGCAACCGAAAUCUUGACACCUGCCAAGAUUGCUUUUCAAAAGGUUUAUAUUGCUAUUGAGGGUUUUGAGAAAACUCUUGGCUUUGAUCCAAAUGAUCCAAUCGUUCCAUUUGUUUUGUUGGCUGGUACCUCUGCCACUUUAUGGGUCUUCUUUUGGGUGUCGACAUACAGCGGUUAUGCGGGAGAUUUGUCUCCUCAAUUGACUUUGGAGGUCUUGACAGGGAAAGAGAAUGCUGUGCUCAUUGAUAUCCGACCCGAGGUUUUGAGAGAAAGAGACGGCAUUCCUGAUCUUCGUCGAGCAGCUCGUUAUCGCUAUGCUAGUGUCACUCUUCCUGAGAUUGAUGGAUCAAUGAUGAAGUUGUUCAAGAAUGGAAGAGACCUUGAAGACUCCUUGACUGCUGCUGUUAUUAAAAACUUGAAGAUUGUCCAGGACAGAUCCAAGGUUGUAGUUCUGGAUGCUGAUGGUUCUCGUUCUAAAGGAAUUGCAAGAUCCUUGAGAAAACUUGGGGUUAAGCAACCUUACUUGGUUCAAGGUGGGUUCCAGUCUUGGGUGAAACAAGGUCUCCGGUUUAAGGAACUCAAGCCUGAGUCAACACUUACCAUACUCAAUGAGGAAGCCGAGGCAAUUCUAGAAGCUAUUAAUCCGUCUCCAGUACAAGCUCUUGGAUAUGGUGUGGGUUUGGCUGCAGCAUUGUAUGGUCUAUUAGAGUGGGAAAAGACGCUACAAUUCAUUGGCGUCGUUGGCAUUGGUCAGACCAUUUAUCGCCGGGUGGCUUCUUAUGAGGGUGCUGAAGAUUUCAGACGAGAUGUGAAGCUAUUGCUUGCUCCUGUUAGACUUGGAUCUCAGGCGUUCACAUGGGCAGCCGAAAAAUUAGAGACGAAUGGCAUUGGACUACCAACAUCUCCAUCUUCAUCGGCUGUUCAAAACCGGGUUCUUCAGGCUGCUGCAAAGCAUGAAUCUAAACCAUCUGAUGCAGAAGGUGUAGCUGAUUCAUCUUCUGAAGUCACAAUGGCAGGGAGCGAGAAGGUAGAUCUAUCUGAAGCAUAGAAAAAGCUUUGAGAUUUGUGUGCAGCAAGUAUAAGAUUCUGACUUGAGAAACCCUACAAUAAGCCGAAAUUACCUUUUGUGUAAAAACACAACUGUUAAUUAAUGUCCUAAUUCAAAUAGUUAAACUGACUUUUGUAAUUUGUACAUCUUUCAUUAAUAAUCACCCAUCCAAUUUCAUGUUAAUGGCAAUAAAUAUGUCAUCUUCCAUUUUGAACAUGUGUCACCAUGGGCAGUCGCUAGGCCUGUAAAACCAAAACGCAUUUGAAAUUAAGGAUGGAGAGGAGAUCACGAAUAACACGAAUCAACGAACUUCUUUAAGCAAAAGUUUUCAUUUUUCCUGUUUCUUAUUCCUCAAUAUUUGGUCCUCUUUAAAGUUUGAGGGUGGAUAUAGGUUUAGCUGAAAAUAAUAAUAAUAAUAAUAAUAAUAAUAAUAAUAAUAAUAAUAAUAAUAAUAAUAAUUUUCCUUGAAUAAGAACUGGAUGAAACCAUUCAGCUAAUUAAUUUCUCCUACAAAAAUAUUCCUUGAGCUCAAUUGUACUCAAAUUUAUUCUCCAUACCACCAUCAUAAUUUUAUUUUAAUUACAUAAUAUACUAAAACAAAUCUUGAAUAUGGUACUUACUUUUGCAAAAAUAAAAUCUUAAUUAGCAGAAAAAAAGGGGUGAAAGUGGAAAAAGCAAAAAUUGGGGAGAUGAAACCAAUAAGUAAUAACACUUCGCGCCAUUGAGCUUGGUUAAGCUCUGCAACUCUGUGUGCGUAGAACAAUCCAACCCAACCCAACCCACUGUCCGAAUCUUCCCUCUAGGGUUCACCACCGAAUCACUCUCUCAUUUCAGAGAGAACAGAAGGUGGUAUGAAGCGGCGGAAGCAGCUACAUUUGUAAUCAGAAUCACAAGAUAACAAAAGGCUUCAUUUUUGUUUAUUUACUUUUGUCAAGUCUUUUUCAGUUUUUUAAGAUUUUUAGAGCUUUUAUUUCUUAUUAUUGAGUUUCUGAACUGAAUGGGAUGAUUUUGUGUGUUGUGUUUGGCUGAAAUGAAAGAUUCCUGUCUUAUUAAUUAUUA